AUGAUCAUCUAUUCCUUCUCUAUAUCAAAUACACAAUAUACCAUCGAUAACCACAUCAUUAUAACAAUCUUCCUCGUAUACCUCAUUGGCGAAAUCCGUGAACGUGCUCCCUCCGCCGCCGUGCCCCCCGCGCCCAAACCUCCCUCCGGCACCGGUUUUCCCCAGCAUCGUCGUCGCGUCAACCAGUCCUCUUUCAAACAGCGAAGAGCUCAGAAGCAGCAAGAAGCAGAAGCCUCGACUGCUUCCGCUUCCGCUUCCACUUCCGCCACUCCCACCCUAAACGAUGAUAAAAAGUCCAUCGAUGAACAAAAUCGUCGUCAGAUCGAGUCGAUGUCUGCCUCACAGCUUCAGCAAGAACGCGAUGAACUGAUGUCCACCAUGGACUCUUCAUUACUUGAACGCUUCCUCCGGAGAGCCAAGAUUGACGAUGACGAAAAGGCUAAAGAACCCACCCCCGAAGAGCCGCCACGGGACGAUCAAAAAGACCGCAAGACUCAAAAGAAAUCCGUCUCGUUUGAUGUCCCAGAGCCAUCACCACCAUCCACAAAGCCACCAGCAAAUCCUCCGUCACAAUCAUCAGCACCUCCAGUCCCGCCACCCGUCAACGAAGAUCUCCCUCCCUCUCAUGUCCCCGACGAUCUCCAUCCCGCCGCCGAAUUGCCUCCUCCCAACUCCGUCCAUUUCCCGACUCCUCCACCCCAUCAGCAGAACCCCCUGCCCAAUCUCGACCCGUUCUCCCCCUCAUUCCUCUCCGAUCUGCAAGCCCAUUACUUCCCCGAGAUGUCCCACGACCCUUCCGCUCUCUCCUGGCUCAAACCCCCCUCUUCCUCUUCCGAAGACCCAGACUCCUCGUCCGCCUAUCACCCCGCCAGCAGUGCCGAUGCUGUCCACCCCUCUGCCAUCCGUUUCUCCCUCAUUGGAACUCUUCUCUCCCCUUCUACUUCGCUCUCUCUCCCCACCAACCUAGGCCUCCAUCAUCACGGCGAGGACCCCCAAGCCGCCGGCUAUACCAUCCCCGAACUGGCCAUCCUCAGUCGUUCCUCUUUCCCCGCACAACGCUGUAUCGCCUGGCAGGUCCUAGGCCGCAUCCUGUUUCGUCUGGGUAAGGGUCAAUUCGGUGAGCGCGGCAGUACCCUCGUCGAAGGAUUAUGGUUUGUCAUCGAACGCGAGGGCGUUGUAGGCCGUAUGUUGGCCGAGGCCGAUGGAAACCAGUCUUCCGGGCCUCGACGCACAGCAGAUAAGGAUAAAAACGAUUCAGCCCCCUCCCAGACCAUGGCCGGUGGCGUUGGACGUCAUGCGAGCGCCUCCGCUUGGGCUGUGGAAGGUGUCUGGUUAUGGCAGAUGGGAGGAGCAGGAGAUCGGGGUGUGUUGAAAGAAGGCGCCGUCCGACCGCAGUAA